AUGUACCUAUUCACUCUCGUUUAUGCUUGCAUCCAGCCCAAGCACUACGAAGAAGCACUCGUAUCUGAGGGUAUCAGAAAGGCUAUCGACGAAGGAAUAGUAACUCGUGAUGAACUGUUUAUUCAAACCAAGUUUACAAGUCUAGAAGGCCAAGACCGCUCGCGCAUGCCGUACGAUGCAGCUAUGUCCCUGCCGGAGCAGGUAUUCUAUCGGCUGUUGAUGGAUAUGGGAAUCACGCCGCUGUCGGGAACCACCGAUGAGCGGCAUAUGCAAGAAGACAUUGCCGUUCUCGACCAACCAUUGACUACGCAUGAGGUGAAGAAGUUGGUGCAGUACUUUCGACUGGACAAAUAGGCAGAGCACCGUGGAUGGUCUACGCGAGGUACUGUGUUACUGGAAGAAUCCCUGAGCUUUUCUUGGCCGUCACGCUGGGGCAUAUGGGACAAAUAAGAGAUCAAUGUGAAGACAUGACUGACGAGUAGGAUCUGUAUCAGUGAUCGGCAGGGGUCUUUUGCCGUAUUCUACCUGCCACUGAAUGGGCAUAAAGUGCGGUGAAGAAGCUGAAGACGCUCUUUGGAGUGUACAAGUCGAACCGUAUUGGGUAUGAUCUACUGUAACUUCCGAGACGAGGACUUUUAUAUCGGGGUUUGCGGAAGAGGCCAAUGUAGGCGAACGGAUAGUCGUGUACGACAAGUGUCUGAAGUGCUCUCUAUCAGACAAGUGAACCCACGUGGAGUAAGAUUUUAUAUUCAGCAAAUGGGGUCUACUCUAUAAAUAGAACAUUAUUCUGCUCUAUGAAUAGAACAUUGUUGUGCUCUAUAAAUAGAACAUUAUCGUGCUCUAUAAAUAGAACAUUGUCGUGCUCUAUAAAUCGAGCUCUAUCGUGCUGUAGGCUAUACAGAUCCCGUGAGCAAGGCACCCAUGAACUGCUGCUGGUGGUGUCUCCGCAGUAGUGGGUGGGCUGGGUUGUUGAGGAGCGUAUACUUCUCAGUGCAUUCGUGUAGAUGUCCCUCAGAUACAUCUAUGAGAGCCCCGGGGUGUGUACUGCUCAUUCGCACGGAUUGAUAAGCCUUGUCACACUGGGCCAGCAUCAGAUGUCCAUUCGCAGAUUGGUGGGCUUGUGUCUGACAGGUGGAAUGUUGGCAGUUGCGAAUACACACCUCCAUGGCAGAGCACGCUACUAGCGCGUGUUCCGCAACUAGUGGUGUGACAUGCCACAUGGUGUAGUUCAACAGAUAUAUAAUCUCACGCCAACCGGAAUGCCUAAACACUCCGUUCCACAACGAUGUGGUUCAAAUUUACGGGCGAUCUAAUAAGAAUAUGGUUCGGCCUAUGUCCACUGGCUGCUGUGGUCGGUACGGAGGCACUUGCGGGGACUACGCUCAUUGUCGAGUCCUUCUGCUUGGAGGCUUUCGCAGCAGAUUGAUACGGAACAGGGUUGGGUUGAAUAAACUGUAAGGUCUGUGGCAAAACCAGACGUGUGGUUUGAGCUGUAUUGUUGCAGUUGGCCAGACUGUCCGCGUCUGGUGACUUCCAUCGUACGGAAGAAUCGCUUUAGGGAGUUGCGGAGAUAUCUAUGCCUACGAUAUCACUAACCGGUGCCAUUAUGAAGCUGAAGUUGAGGGGUUCACGCAAUACCGAUGUGGCUCAGAGCUGAGCUCAAACCAGAAGUGGAAUGCAGGGCACGCUCAGCCCCACUUCCUAUGCUUGCACUUGAGGAGAAAACUUUCGCAUCACGAGCAUGCUCAACUAAGUUACGGCUAUAUCUGUAUCGCUUUGACCAACAUCCCCGAGGAACCGCAUCGAACAAUCCAAGGACACCAGAAGCAAAUAAUCUCUGGUUCAAGUUCUGUGCGAAGCAAGAUUGCAUGAAGCCUGGGAGUGGGAUAUCCAGCUAUUUGGCGCAGGGGUCCGCCACUUUUUAUCGUUGUUGGUUACAGUCUCAACUACUUCAUAAACUGGUCCUGACUUAUUCUUAUCAAGUAGAUCCAUGUUGCCAGGUGAUUGAAG